AUGUCAUAUUACGGAAACGGAGGAUACUCUCCAUACGGUCAACCAGGUUACGGUGCCCCACCACCGCCAAUUUACGGUGCUCCUGGAUAUAUUCCACCAACGGUUAUUCAUACUAAUGGACAUCAUCACCAUGGCCACCACCACCACCAUCAUGGAUUCCUCCAUGAGUUGGGACAUGCCCUGACUGGUCAUCAUCAUCAUCACCACGGGCACCACCACGGACAUCAUCAUCAUCAUCAUCAUGGACACUGUUAA